AUGGCACAAGAGCAGAUGACACUUAGAGGUACCCUCCAAGGGCAUGGAGGCUGGGUAACACAGAUUGCAACAAACCCACAAUACCCUGAUACGAUUCUCUCAGCCUCCCGAGACAAAAGCCUGAUCUUGUGGAAACUUACAAGAGAUGACACCAACUACGGCGUGCCAUACAAGUCCCUUCAUGGACAUGGACACUUCGUCAGCGAUGUUGUGCUGUCUUCAGAUGGCCAGUUUGCUUUGUCUUCAUCCUGGGAUAAAACACUGCGCUUGUGGGAUCUGGUUGAGGGCAAGACCACUCGCCGCUUUGUUGGCCAUGAGAAGGAUGUCCUCAGUGUAGCCUUCUCUGCCGACAACCGUCAGAUUGUGUCUGCCUCCCGUGACAAGAGCAUCAAGUUGUGGAACACCUUGGGUGUUUGCAAGUACACCAUUCAGGAGGACACCCACAAGGAUUGGGUAUCAUGUGUUCGAUUCUCACCCAAUGCCUCCAACCCAAUCAUUGUCUCUUGCGGCUGGGACAGGACAGUCAAGGUAUGGAACCUGACAAACUGCAAACUAAAGACCAACCACUUUGGCCACACCCAGUUUUUGAACUGUGUCACUGUGUCACCGGAUGGCUCUCUCUGUGCUUCUGGUGGCAAGGAUGGCCAAGCUAUGUUGUGGGAUCUGAACGAAGGCAAGCACCUGUACACCCUUGAUGGUGGUGACUGCAUCAAUGCCAUGUGCUUCUCUCCCAACCGCUACUGGCUGUGUGCUGCCACAGGACCUAGCAUCAAGAUCUGGGAUCUGGAAGGCAAAGUUAUUGUUGACGAGCUGAAACCUGACGUGAUGGCAGCUGGAGCCGGCAGAGAGCCACCACAAUGUCUGUCCCUGGCCUGGUCCUCUGAUGGCCAAACCCUGUUUGCUGGCUACAGUGAUAAGCUGAUCCGUGUCUGGCAGGUGUCUAUGGCUGCCAGAUAG